AUGGCCAGCGCCCCCACCAUCACCAUCGAACCGGGAUACCGCCCCGGUUUCCUCGCCAGGUGCCUCGAGAUGCAUAUAGCCUUCUACCAUCCAUCUGUCCACUGGGGUCUCGCCUUUGAAACAUCACUCGCCAAAGACUUUGCCGAAAUCAUCGAGCGACUCGAGAAAAACCCCCGCAAUCAAGUCUGGGCAGCCGUUGAAACGCCUCCACCACAAACGAGCCCUGGCGUCUUCACCCAACGCAUCGUAGGGACUCUUCUUGUCGACUCAGAAAGUUUGAAGACUACAGGGGCAGCGCAGAUACGUGGAUUCAUUGUGGAUGAGCGAGUCCGUGGUCUGGGGAUCGGAAAGAAACUCUUGGCCGCCGCUAUGGAGUUUAUCGAGAGCAACGGGUUUGACAAGGCCACUCUCUAUACGAGUGGUACUCAAGACACGGCAGUCUAUCUGUACAAGAAGGCUGGAUUUGUGGUCGAGCUGGAUGAAGAGAAGAUUGUGUGGGAGAAGCCACUGAGGGUGUUGCAGCUCACUUGGAAGCGGCCGCAGGUGGCGGACCGGGAGCCCAAUGGUGUUUCUGAGGGCAAAAACAGCUAA